AUGAGAAGAUGGUUGUUCGUUUCAUCUUCUUCGAAGGCAGUGGAAGCCUUUUCCUUACGCUACAACACUAUAGUAGGUUGUCGGAAAAGGUUUCCAUGCGGAGAUGGAUACUUUCAUGUUCCCCAUCAUCAUCAUCAUCAUGGCUUACUUGUUCGGCAUUCUGAUUGGACCAAUAAAAGGAAUUGGCAAUAUUCUUUCCAUAGGAAUUGUGUAAGAUUAUUUCAUCAUCAAAAUCGGGAAAGUAAUAAUCAUCAUCCUGAUACAAGAGACUCAAAGAUUUCAUUCAAUUCCGAUGAAAAGCAAAAAUCAAGAAUAUGGAGAAAAUAUAGAUUAUUUCGAAUUACGAUAGGAAAUAUUGGACUUUGGAUUUUAUGGAUUGCAAUUGGAAGUGGAAUUUUUGUGAUAUUAGAUUCGUUAUAUUAUUCAUACAGAAAGGAAUUCGAUGCUCUUAAACGAAUCUAUCAAACAAAAUUUACUCUCAAUCCUAAUCAUGAAAAUUCUCCAAUACUUUCCAUGGACGCAAAAAUUAUGGAAAUGUUUAAAGAAAUAUUUCAGAAACAUUCAAAUGGAAAAAAUUACAUGACCUUGGAAGAAUUGAGAGGAUUCUUUCAAAAUGAGCAAAAACAUUUUGAUGAAAACAGCUUACUUGAAACCAUGCAUAAUUUGAAAAUCACGGAAUCGCACAUUAACUUGGAUCAAUUUGUCAGGAUAAUUUUUGCCAGUGCAUUCAAAAGCGCUGAAGUAUUUAGGGACGAUCUUCCAUUGUCCAACUAUUUUGUUUCGUCCUCACAUAAUACGUACCUGGUUGGAAAUCAGUUGACGAGUGAAAGUUCUGCCAAAGCCUAUAUUGAUUGUUUGAAAGAUAACUGUAGAUGUAUUGAGAUUGAUUGUUGGGAUGGAAAGAAUGGAGAACCAAUGGUACACCAUGGAUGGACCUUGACUUCAAAAAUUCCACUCACAGAGGCUCUGGAAGCCAUCAAAAAGUACGCUUUCAAGACCUCAGAAUACCCAUUAAUAAUUUCUCUGGAAAUCCAUUGCAAUCUUGAACAGCAAAAGAAAAUUGCUAAAUAUUUGAAGAACGCUUUUGGUGACGCCAUUGUCGUUCCUGUCUCCCUUAGUGAUGAGAACUUGCUUCCUACACUUGCAAGUUGUAAAGGCAAAGUUUUCCUUCAAGGAGAAUGGGCAAAUAUUGAGAAAAAGCUUCGUCAAGUUGAAAUUGAUAUUGUAUCCGACAUUUUCUUUGAGAAGAAUAUAUUUCAUAAUGAAUUUGAUCCACCACCAGAAUUUACCCUCUCCAAAAAGAAAGCUCAUGACACUUCGAAACUGGAAUCGAAAAAGAAAAUUGCAGAAACUUUGGACGAGUCCAUUAAAGUCCUCGAUGAAGCAUUUCCACAAUUACAUCCUGAAAGUGAUACAAUUGGAAAGUGGGCAAAGGAACUCUAUGAUUUGCUCUAUUUCAAAGCAGUGAGAGAUGUCAACCAUGAAUAUCCCGAGGAAGCAUCUCCUCUCCACAAAAUCAUUAAUCUCAGCGAAGGUAUGGGAAUGACUCACAUCUUCAAAAAGGGAAAAGACUUUGCUGCUCACAACGAAACCCUCAUGUCACGAAUUUAUCCAAAAGCCACUCGAUUUUUCUCCACAAACUUUAAUCCACGAAUUUAUUGGGAAUCUGGGUGUCAAAUUGUGGCUUUAAAUUAUCAAUUUUGUGAUCAAUUCUUGAGGAUGAACAAUGGAUUUUUCUCAGCAUUUACAAGUGGAUAUGUACCCAAGAACUUCCUUUCAGAAAAUAUUCAACAAAAAUUAUUUACCAUUGAGAUUUUAGACUUUGUAUCCUCACACGACUUGCAUGCCAACAUCUCUCAAAUGCCAAUGGCGGUCAUUGAACACUGUUCACUUGUAGGAGAACGAAAAAUCAAAGCUCACAAAGUGGAUGUUUUCAAAACUUCACACCCAACCCCAAAACAAACACUGCACAUUUCCACACAUCAGAAAAAGGGAGAAGUUAUUUCAUUUGGAUUGUUUCAAAAGAAAAGCUCCUUGACGAGACCCAUCUCGAGACUGUUCAGACUUGGAAAUUAUGAAUGUCUUGCCUACGUUUCGUUCCCAGUACAUCAAUUACAACAUGGAUAUCGUUUCAUUCCUGUUCGAGAUGGAGAAGUUUAUUUUGGUGGCUUCUUGAUUCGUGUGACUUCCCACAAGUGA